CGCGGCCGCCGGCCGCGCCGACCUCGUCGUCGACGGCAAGCACUUUACGCUUGAGCGCGACAUGUGGAGUGCGAACAAGGUGACCAAGACGUUCCUCGAAGAGAAGUUUGUUCCGAGCGUGAUUGAGCCGUCGUUUGGCGUCGGCCGCCUCCUCACGGCCGUCUUUGAGCACACGUUUUAUGCGCGCGAAGGCGACGAGAAGCGCGGUGUGAUGGCGUUUCCCGCGGCCAUCGCGCCCAUCAAGGUCGCAGUCCUCCCGCUCAGCACGGCAAAGGAGUUUACGCCGAUCAUGCUCUCGCUCGAGCGCGACUUGCGUGCGCGUGGCAUCGCCUGCAAGAGCGACGCGUCCAGCGUGGCGAUUGGCCGCAAGUAUGCGCGCGUCGACGAGCUCGGCGUCCCGUUUGGCGUCACGAUCGAUUUUGAGACGGCGGGUGACCAGUGCGUCACGGUGCGUGAGCGCGACUCGUGCGCGCAGCUCCGCGUGCCGCUCGCCAAGGUCGUGGCCGUGCUGGACGACCUCGUCGCGGGGCGUGCGGCGUGGGCCGACUUGACCAAGGUGUUUACGGUCGUCGAAGCCAAGAAGGACGAGUAAGCAGCCAGCUCCUGCGAGAGGUUGGUAGCAACGACGUAACAACAACACGAUAUGUGAC